GUGGGGAUCGGCGGGAGUGGGGAUAGUCGGGAGUGGGGAUCGUCGGGCGUUCAGUAGCUGCGUUCAGUCGAGUCAGCGCCGUCGCAGUUGGAAGGUCGUAGUCGCGUGCUGUCGCGAGGAGUCACUCGACGCGGCCGAGGAACAAGGGAGGAAGAGAGACAGACAGGCGCUCGACAUAAUUACGUUAUAGGAAAUUUAUACGCGUACGGUUCAAUUCGGCGGUUCGACGAGGCGGAACGACGAAUGAAACGAGAGAAAGGAAGAGAGUGGCGGAACGAGGAAGCGUAGUUUGGUGGUUCGAUCGAGAGAGAGAGAGAGAGACAGAAAGAGAGGAGAGAGAGAGAAAAAGCUUUGCGCCGCCUCCUCGCUCUUCUCCUCCGAAUUGAUUCCAAGAACGUCGUCGUUCGCGCAUCGCUAACCGCGACGUGAUCUCGUCGCCACGAUCGCUACGACCGUCGCGCUACUUCACCGGAAAGUCACCUUCGUCGUCGUCGUCGUCAUUGUUCUCGACACGGAUACACGGUAGUGUGAAAAUGCGGUAGUGACAGUGAGACAGAGUGAAAAUAGACUUGGAAUUUGUCGAAAGAGCAGCCGGAAUAAUCGUCAUUAUCGUUGUCGAUCGUGUCGCGCGAGUCACGUCAGUCUCAAUUCGUGUCCGAUUGAAUCCGGCGCCGGUUGACCGACGGAGAGAUAGAAAAGGUGACAGAGUGGCGGGAAGGGGGAGGGGGGGAGAAAGAGAGGAGAUUGCUCUCUUGGCGCGACACAGCCGGAAGAGUUAUGACGAGCUCGCGCUCCAUUCAAGGACGAAGAAUUGUUCGCGCGCAUGUGUCCAGUAGUGGGAUAUAGUGUCAACGACAAGUCGCCGCUCGCAGAUCUGGAUACCUUGCUGUCGACACCCGCCGGGCCCGGAUUGUCUCAUGUCAGGAUGGCGCUGGCGCGACUUGCGGUGAGCGACUGUGCGCCUCAGACGUCGCGGGUCAGCUCGAACUUGCACAGCAGCAGUAAUAUGGCGGUGAGCCGCGUCCCGAGCCCGCCACCGCCGGAAGUGAACACCCCCGUAGCUGAGAACUGGUGUUACACGCAGGUCUUAUGUGCACAGGUGAAGGUGGUUAAGUUCAGCUACAUGUGGACGAUAAAUAACUUCAGUUUUUGCCGCGAAGAGAUGGGUGAGGUGCUUAAGUCGUCCACGUUCUCCGCAGGGGCCAACGACAAGUUAAAAUGGUGUCUGAGAGUGAAUCCUAAGGGCCUGGAUGAGGAGAGCAAAGACUACCUGUCACUGUAUCUCCUCCUCGUUUCGUGCAACAAAUCCGAAGUCAGAGCAAAGUUUAAAUUUUCUAUUCUUAAUGCCAAAAGAGAAGAAACCAAAGCAAUGGAGAGUCAACGUGCGUAUAGGUUUGUCCAGGGUAAAGAUUGGGGCUUCAAGAAAUUCAUCAGGAGAGACUUUCUUCUGGACGAGGCCAACGGGCUGCUACCGGAUGACAAACUCACGAUAUUCUGCGAGGUAUAUACCUUUGUCAGUGUAGUAGCGGACAGUGUAAACAUUUCCGGGCAGAGUAAUACGACACAGUUUAAAGUGCCGGAGUGCCGAUUGCCCGACGAUCUCGGGUUGCUAUUUGAGAACCAAAAAUUUAGCGACGUAACGCUCACUGUCUGUGGAAGAGAGUUCCACGCGCACAAAGCGAUUCUCGCAGCACGAAGUCCAGUUUUCUCAGCAAUGUUCGAACAUGAAAUGGAAGAGAGAAAGCAAAAUCGUGUGGAUAUUACCGAUGUAGACCACGAGGUGUUACGAGAAAUGCUACGAUUUAUCUAUACCGGUAAAGCGGCAAAUCUGGAGAAGAUGGCGGAUGAUCUGUUGGCUGCAGCGGACAAGUAUGCGCUGGAGAGGCUAAAAGUAAUGUGCGAGGAAGCACUUUGCACGAGUUUAGCUAUUGAGAACGCGGCUGAAAUUCUUAUACUUGCCGAUCUCCAUAGUGCUCUUCAACUCAAAGAGCAAGCGAUAGAUUUCAUUAAUACACAUGCGACAGACGUGAUGGAUACUCAAGGUUUCAAGUCCAUGGUAAACUCCCACCCGCAUUUAAUAGCGGAAGCUUUCCGGGCGCUGGCAACUCAGCAAAUCCCACCGGUCGGACCGCCCAGGAAACGGGUGAAACAGAGCUGAAAGCAGUCACCGCUGACCCAGGGCAUGACCUCCACAUCGCCUCCACCACUUUUACAUCCUUCUUGAACCUUUGUGUACAGUGAUAUAACGAAGUAUAAUAGUAGUGCUAAAUAAAUGUUUCCUAGUGCGCCACCCUCUGGUCUAAAAAGAAAAAAAAAGAAAAAAAUUAAUUACGAAAACUGACGCGAGAACCAAUUGACUGUCUACGAGCUUUGGUUGAGAAUGUCCAGAGAUCGACGGGAGGAAGAGAAGAACCGUCUGGUCCGUCCCGGUCGUUCGAGGACGAGUUUGAAAAAGCGCAUUCCCAUACACGUGUGCCCAGACUCUUGUGUUCAAGUGAGUGUCGAUAGUGAAGAGAACUCGGCAUGAUACGAUCACAUCAGUGCCGUGCGUCUAAGAGGAGAAAGACAUCUCUGGAAAUCUACAUACCCUCAUUCACAUCCCACCAGCAGACUUCUCGACCGGUCUGUGCGCGAAUCGAUUUCAUCGUAGCACUGUGAACGAGCGUUCAUUUUUCUUCAAUGCCAAUGCCGAUGCCAAUUGAUCAGUUCUCAGUGACACAAUAAAAUGUGUUGCCAGGAACGUAUCAUCAUCAUCAUCAUGGAUUUGUUUCGUUCCCGUUACCAAUAAACGAACAAAUCGGAAGCAUACGGCCGCGCGCGAGAUGUUAAAAAGUAUAUAGCCAGAGAGGACCAAGGAGGCGAGGAGUUUCUCUCCACGUGGCUCGUCGCCAUAAAUUGCCGCAACGACAACAAAGCGCGAUGCACGAAGGGAGUUGUGAUAGACGUCGGCCAGACGAUUUAAAUAUUUUGUUCCUUUGUCGAGAGAAAGAAAAAAAGAAUGGGUCAAAUGGGGGAAUGCCCCCGUGAUGCCGUUCGCUCGAUGCGUCGAGCAGCACGGAGAGAAUUAGAUACUUUGUUUGUUUCUACCGAUAGUGAUUUCUUUUAGUUCUAGCGCAUCUCAAACUCUUCCAAGACGGAGAAAUCAUUCUAGUUAGUGUUCUUUUUUUAUGAUCUCUUUCUCUGAAACAUAUAUAUGUACGGUUAUUAUUAUUAUUAUUAUUAUUACUAUUACUAUUAACGCUACACAAUCCGUGCCGUGUGUAUUUUGUAUAUUUUUUGUCUAAAAGUAUAAAAAUAUCUUUCCCUUCUCUCCUUUUCCUCUCUUCCCUUUUUGCGACGAUAAAUCCUCCAAUUUCCUAUCCUCUUCUCCCUCCCGUGUCCCCUGUCUGUAGGCACAGUUUGUCUUGUUUUCUGAAGUAUUGUAUACUGUAAGCGAAAUGAUAGAAUCGAAUUAUUAUUAUUAUUAUUAUUAUUAUUAUUAUUAUUAUUAUUAUUAUUAUUAAUGAUUAUGUUAUUAAAUUUAGGGUUGUCCAUAAUUUAUCGAAUCUAUGUUAAAUAUUGCGGGAAUGUCUAUUGUACAUUUCCGUGCGCACGCUAAUUGCCUUUGCGUUAUUUUAGAAACAUUACGCGAUCCGCAAUUUGAAGUUGACAAUUGUAAAUGGAUGAGAGAAAAAUAAAAAAUGAAUCAGGUUAAAAGAAUUAUGAAAAAUAAACGUUGAUCAAUUUAUAUAACGCGAUGUUGAUAAUUUUCGUCUUUCUUAAUUUUCUUUUUUGUGUCAUUAAUUUGAUUGGGCUGUAAAAUUAUGUAUGGUCAAUGAACUGAAUUAUGGGCAACCACACAAGAGGCAAAAAUAAUAAUCAAUUGUUUAGUACUGGCUUCCUGAUCCUCCGAUCUUUUUAGCUUUACCGAGAGAAACCGAGUUUUAAAUAUGUGAAAUGCUUAUUACCAUUUACACAUUAAUGAUGACGAUUAAUGCCAUACAUGUUCUGUGAUAAGACCACUGUAAUUACUGCAAUUGUGUGUAAUCAAUCCUUUCUAGAGACAGAUUUCCCCUGACGAUCCUGGCAGCCAGUGAAUAUUUACUUGUUAUACAAAAUAUAAUACAAUAAGCGGCAGUCAUUAUCCGGACAGUCCCAAACUUAGCGCGUCACUUUUGAUUUUAAGAUUUUCACACACUGUACAUAUCUGCUGUGUAUUUUAUAUAAGAACUGAACGCAAAUUUCUAUAUACGAGAAAGACCUUUUACGAACCGUACAAUAAUUAAUGUGCAUAUAAUUUAUUUUGAUUUUACAAAUUGCGCUAAACACUUGUUCCUUGAACACGCUAGCAAUAUUUUAAUUAAGUAUAAUAUAAAAAAAUUGAUACAGAUUAGGAAAUAUAUACAUUCAUUGUAGCAUCAAAGAAUGGGAUUAUCAAAGAAAUUGAAUUGAUAAUGGAAGUAUAGUUAGGAGAACGUUUUUUACUGUUUUUCUACGCCAAUCUCUUAAUUUGAAUCUUAGGUCUUAAUAGGGCUUUAAUGACAAGAGAAAUAAGGAAAGGAUGAAAACAAGUAGCAAUUUAAGGAACAGAUUUUGGCCGUUAUCAUUCAUAUUUUAAACGAUUCUAUUCUCUAAUUCUUGUAUCUAUCUAUCUUUGGGACUGUGCGGCGAUUUCUUUCGUGGAAUUCACGUAUCACAUUGUGAAUAUCUUUUCCUAGAGAAGAAAGAAAAAGAUAAACGAAAGAAAAAUUGAGAGCAAAAGCAAAUUUCGAUAAUAAAAUAGCAAAAUCCGUAAAAUACAGAUCAAAGAAAAAAAAAACACAGAUGUAGGCGCAAUUUCGCGUGUAAGAACCGCAACAAGAAUAAUAUGAAUGUAUGACUGGAUAUAUAAUUUGAUAAACUAUUAAGUACAAGUAAGAGACAAGUGUUACCUCAUCAUGAUGAAAGCCGGCGCGUGUUGGCGACCGAUCGAUCACACCAUCCGCUACUAUUAGCCGCUACCGCACGCCCGCUCUCUGAUACACACACGUACACACACACACACACACACACACACACAUGUAUAUAUAUAUAUAUAUAUAUAUAUAUAUAUAUAUAUAUACACGAAUAUAUACUUCCGUUGUAUAUUGCAUUUAAAAAUCCGAAACGCUGUUUUGUAAAAUGAUGAAUGGUGGCGGCGGUAGUGGUUGAUUUCCGAGAAAUUGUUACGCGCGCGCCGUUCAUUAAACCCAGCUCAUACAGACAUUCAUUUUCCAUUUUACUUUAAGUCAUUGCACCACAUCAAAUAAAUGACAUUUUCAUUAUAUAAA